AUGCACAGAUACGUCAAGUACUACGAGUACUCCUUAAAGGAUCUAGACCUCGCUCUUCGGGGUGACGAUAUCAACGAUCUGCAAGUAUGGCGGCGGCGAGCAUUUCAAACCCUGCAGAAAUUGCUCGCCAUGCAAAAUUUCGUCGAGCACUGGAGCGCUGAGGAACAGCUGCUCGGGACACUCGAGGCGAAUGCAGGAGCCUGGUUAAUCAAGGACAUUCAACACCUGAUAACCGCUAUUGAACAUCAUAGUAGGUCCCUAGAGGCGAUAAUUCCAGUUACGAUGGCGAUGGUUCAGCUUGUCGACAUGCGUCGGUCGAUGGACGAGGCUUCACACGUAAAGCAGCUGACGUAUCUCGCUCUCGUCUUCGUCCCCCUUUCCUUUGUCACGGGUAUCUUUAGCAUGUCUGAGAGUGUCUUUCCAGGGAGUAGUGGUUUUUGGUUGUACUUUGCGGUUGCUGUACCACUUUUACUCCUCGUUCUGGGAGCGAGCUGGUUGCUACCUUUAAGAGCUUAUUUGGUUAAACAGAAGCAAAAAGCGUUGAAAUAA